CACCAGAAGGGAAAACAGCUCCAGUUUAAGCGCCUGGAGGCUUUUGUUAGAGAUUCGUGGCGCAAACACCGAGAUGACAUCCGGCUGAGGCGCAUGGAGCAGAGACCUGCACAGACAGCUGUACCUCAGGAGCAGAAACUAGCCUUUGUUAUGCGGAUUGCGGAUAUUAAGGGGGUGAGUAAGAGAGUAAGAAGAGUGAUUGAGUUGCUGCGGCUGAGAAAAAACUUCACUGGAGUAUUUGUUAAACUGACUCCAUUAUCGCUGAAGAUGCUGCGGAUUGUGGAACCGUAUGUGGUGUGGGGGCAUCCUAACCUGAAAUCUGUACGAGAGCUCAUCCUGAAACGGGGCCAAGCCAAGAUUAAGAAAAAGAGGAUGCCUUUGACAGACAAUAUGCUGAUAGAGCAACAUUUAGGAGACUGUGGUAUUAUUUGCCUGGAAGACCUUAUUCAUGAGAUCUGUUCAGCUGGGAAGCAUUUUAAAAGAGUCACAAAUUUUCUGUGGCCAUUCCAUCUGUCAGUGGCUCGCUAUGCUUCGCGUAACAAAGUAGGUUUCCUCAAGGAAAUGGGUAAGCCUGGCUGCAGAGGGGAAGCAAUCAACCAGCUUAUACGUCAGCUGAACUAG